AUGGUGGGCUCUAUCGGGGGUUCUCACCACGACCCGCAGCUAGCAGCUGCCGUUUCCAGCAAUGAAGCAGCCGACAUGAUUACUCUGGACUACUCGAAGCUGCUCGGGUCUCCUACUGAGCGGCGCGAGGCACUUGGCCAGCUUGACCACGCCUUUCAGACCUACGGUUUCAUCUACCUUGCAAAUCAUAGCAUCUCGCAGGCACUUUUCGACGAAGCAUUUGAAUGGAUAAGUCCCCCAUCAUGUCCACGCUUCUUCGAUCUCGAAUCUAGCACCAAGAACUUGAUUGCUCGUCCGCUCAGUAGCGCGUUGGAAGACCACACAGGGUACGCAGAGUACGGAGUCGGACACAUUAGCCAGCUGGUCUUCGAAGACAAGGAGGUGGAAACCCACCAGGCCGCGUCCCCCGACCACAAGGAAACGCUGGAAAUAGGCAACCCGCAUGAAGGGCCCAGUAGUGGCACGAAUCGCUGGUUGCCGGAGGAUAUCUUUCCAGGGUUUCGCAAGUUCUAUGAGGUGUGGUGGAACGCAUGCACCGAAGUAGAGAAAUCCCUCCGGCAGGCUCUCUGCGCGAUUCUCGACAUCGAACCCGACAGCCUCUGUCGGAAACAGACCCUCAACUUCGGCCAUGUGAGCUUUCUUCACUACCCAGCCAUGGUCCUGCAGCCGCAAAGCGGGGGGGAAGCGCGGCGACUUAACGCCCACACAGACUACGGCGUUUUAACGCUUGUCUUCCAGGACGCCGUCGGUGGAUUAGAGGUCCACGACGGACAUGUUUUCAGACCAGUCAUACCCAAACCCGGAACGAUCGUUGUAAACCUUGGCGAUAUGCUGGAACGACAAUCGAAUGGGCGGUGGAAAAGCGCGUUGCACCAGGUGGUUGCUCCUAGGAAGGAGACGAUGCAGGAGGGGUUUGUGACCGCGAAGGCUGUUCUAGACAGGUACUCAAUCGCGUAUACCGGAGCCGUGGACCCAGAGGAGAUUAUUGAGACAUUGCCGGGAUGCGAGGUGCCAGGACGGUGGAAGCCGAGUAUGGCUGACUGGGACAGGGAGAAACCGGUAACUUCAUACGAGUGGCUGCAGAAACGAGUGGCCGCAGAAUACUUUCAGGGUUCGGAGGGGUCAAAUGAAGGAUAG